ACCAACCACGCCGGCCCACUGCUCAUUCUUGCAAACCUGACGACACAUUAACCCAACUUAUCUCACACUCACCCUCGGUUGCUUUCGAUUCUGUCUUCAUCUCAUAUCUCCCUCCGGCCGUCUCAUUCAUCCGGGCACCAGAGUUUUGGCCCUAUGUUGCUGUCCACGCGAAUAACACGCCGCCGCCGCCGCCACCCCCACCUACACAUUCGGACUGUCGCAUAGGCGUCCAUCACCCCGUCAGAUCAUCGCAGCACACAACAAGUCGCCUCCUGGUCUCCUGCCUCGAGCGGGCCUGUGACACACCUCGUGUCCCGUCCAGACCCGACAAACUACUACGGCCGGACCCACUGUCGAGGGACCGGUAAGCUCUCGACGACAGCGAGCAGCAGAAACAAAGACAACGAACGAUCUGGUCAGCAAGCUGCACUGCAGCAUAGGCAGCUGGAAAUUCGCCGAGUGGUUCGACUCAGAGGCAGUAGCCGCAGCGGCAGCCGCAGCGGCAGCAGCGGGGUUCGAUACGCCCACCCAACCCAUCAUCGAUUCUGGAACGUCCCUCUGGCGAGGUGCCUAGCACUGCGACGAUCUCAGUGCUGGGUACCUUGCUCGACUUGCACAUACGUCUUGUAAAUCGCAUACUGUCUUGCUCGUCUGAGGUGCUGAAGGUUGACGUUGACAAGUUCCUGGUUGUGUCUGCCUACACCUAAACUCAGAACAGGUCUCUGCGCACUGCUGCUGCUGCUGCGGCCAGAGUGCACCUGCCCCAACACGCUCCAGGUGAAACAGACAGGCCUGUAUCGGUACCUAGUCAGCUGUCCUACCUCAACCAGUAAAGUCACGUUUAGCUAUUACCUGCCAUGGUCCCCAGGCAGGAGGAACACGCUCGGCCGCCGCCUGCACCACGUCUCUGGUCGCGACUCUCAACUCUAUCCAAACGUUCCUUCCGCUCCUUCACCUCCGACUUUGAGGCCGACGACGAACGUUCCGACACCGACUCGGAAUACGAGAGAAUGAGCGGCAGCACCAGCGACGGCUUUCCUCAUGGCCAAGGCCGUUAUCAUGGCGAAGAUACCCGCCCCACGAGCCAGAAGGAGCUCUCUGGCUGGUAUGCAUACGCCUUUGCCGCCGAAACCUAUGUCAUUUGUGCUAUUGGCUCCUUCAUCCCAAUUCUUCUUGAGACUCUUGCACGCGAAAACGGCGUCUUGCUGUCCGAUCGGUCAACCCCCUGCGGCACGAGCGAUUCCAAAAACAAGGCCGAUGGGCAAUGUGUUGUCUAUGUCCUGGGCAUUGAGAUCAACACGGCCAGCUUCGCCAUGUACACUUUCUCCAUUAGCGUUUUGCUCCAGGCGCUUUUGGUGGUGAGCAUUAGCAGUGCUGCCGACCACGGCAAUUCAAGAAAGAAGCUUCUGCUCACAUUCGCAUGGAUCGGGAGCUUCUCCGUCAUGGCCUACAUCUUUGUCAGCAAGAGCACCUACAUCCUGGGUGCUCUUUUGGCCAUCGUAUCCAACGUUUGUUUUGGUGCCUCCUUCGUGCUUCUCAACUCCUUCCUGCCCUUGCUGGUCCGACACCACCCCGAGGUUCUCGCGUCCGAGACUGUUCAUGCGCUGGAUCUAGAACAUCCGGAUCUGGAGCCGCAGCUCCUGGGUGGGUCUCAACUGGGUGAGGAUAUUGCCGCCGUCAGUGAUAUCGAUGACCAAACAUCGGCCUUGCUUGGGAGGAAUGGACAUGGAGGGCACCCUUUGGUUCGGAAAGCCACGCACGAGGAGCUCACCUCUGUCGAACUGCAGCUGUCAACUCAGAUAUCCGCCAAGGGGAUCGGUAUCGGAUACAUUGCCGGCCUAUUCGUGCAAUGUGUCGCCAUUGCCAUCCUAAUUGCCAUGAAGAACACCACCUGGUCGCAAAGGGUCGUACUGUGUAUGGCUGGCUGUUGGUGGGCGUUCUUCACGAUCCCUGCCGCUAUGUGGCUCCGCCCCAGGCCUGGUCCACCGAUGCCUCUAUCAUCGGGCAAAGGUGCUCGGGCGUGGAUGGCAUACAUCGCCAAUGCAUGGAAAUCACUGUAUAACACCGUCAGGUUGGCUGGACGCUUGAGAGAUAUUGUCCUGUACUUGAUCGCGUGGUUCCUAUUGAGCGACGCAAUAGCAACGACAUCUUCCACGGCAAUCCUGUUCGCCAAAACCCAGCUGCACAUGAAGCCAUGGGCGUUGGGAAUGAUUAACGUCAUUUCUACUACGGCUGGUGUCAUUGGUGCGUUCAGUUGGGCAUUUGUGUCUCGCAAGUUCGACUUGAAGCCCCACCAAACCAUCCUCGUCUGCAUCGCCCUCUUCGAACUCAUACCCAUCUAUGGGCUGCUUGGAUACUUGCCGUUUGUGCAGAGUUGGGGAGUUAUUGGAUUGCAGCAGCCAUGGGAGAUGUACCCUCUGGCCGCGGUUUACGGUCUGGUGCUGGGAGGACUAAGCUCGUAUUGCCGCAGCCUUUACGGGGAGCUCAUUCCACCAGGUUCCGAAGCUGCCUUUUACGCCUUGUAUGCCAUAACGGACAAGGGUUCAAGCUUUUUUGGGCCUGCCAUUGUUGGUGCCAUCAUCAACUCAUCAGGAGACAUCCGGCCAGCAUUUUGGUUCCUAGCAGCCCUCGUUGGUCUUCCGGCUCCUCUCAUAUGGAGUGUAAAUGUGGAGAGGGGCAAGUGUGAGGGAGACAAACUUGCAGAGGUUAUAGAAGGGUUCAGAAGUCAGCAAAGAGAAGGCGGCAGUGAAACAGAAGAGAGUGACGAGCGCCCGAUCCUGAGCGCAUACGACGACGAGGAAGAUGAUCAUAAUCACAAUCGACCCAGGGAGUACUGAAGAGCCAGAACUUACACGAUAGCAUAGCAUCGGCGUCAGGAGUGUUCGGCUACAGCAUUGUGUUGCGCAAUUAGCAGAAAAGCCCCGGAGCAGAAGCAGUUGAGAACUGCACGAUAAACAAUGGACUUGAAUUAUGUCUCUUGUCGGUUCUUGUGCCGUUCUAUAUGUAGUCCCGCUCCCCACGAAUGUCCACAAAUCAUCGCGGUCCACAUUGUGUUUCCCUUCUCCUUCUAUUCCUGGUUCUAAUUAUCUGUUGUGCCCGCUGUUGAUGUCAUCUCACUUUUUAAUACAUCAAGGUGCCUUGUGUCGCCUAACUCAGUAGCAAGUCAUGUGUGUUUGUUUGCCGCACUGAUUCCAGAAAAGCUUGGUGAUUGUUAUUUGACGGUGUUAUC